AUGGGGUUCACCAUGAGUCUAAAUCUGCUACUUCUCGUAGACAUGGUGGCCACCAACAUCCUCUCCCUCUACCAUCUCUCCUCCACAAUUCAAACCUCUGGGAAACCCCCAGCUCCACCUCUAGUCCCUGAUCGCCUCACCCGCCUCCAACCCACUCCUAAUCUUGCCACCAAAGCUAUCGUCGCCACCACCACCAUACCAUCGGAUCUCCUCCUCUACUCCCUCUUCUCUCCCAUCGCCACCUCCUGCCACUACCACCCAGAACUCCUCCACCGAUAUAUGAAUUAUACCCCAUUCUCUCUCUUCCCUCAAGACUCCAACGAGGUAGCCGAGUCCCUCAUCCUACGUGGCUGCCAUCCACUCCCUCGCCGCCAAUGCUUCUCCAAAACCCCACUAAAACCCACUAAACCGCCUCACCAUGACUUCGAGGUUUUUUCGGCGCUUUGA